UCUUCGAGGAAACUUCCCAGAAGCUGCGAGGGUUGACUUCUGUAGCUUGUUAGGCUCCCCUCCCUCAGUCAUACAAGAUUGUUAGCUUCAUUUCUCUCCUCCACCUCUUCCUCCGCCGCGCCUUUGACAGUGAGCGCCAAGCAGCACCAAUCCAGGAAAUUCAGCAAAGCUGAGGAAGAGAGAACUAGAGCGGAGAGGAACAGGCGGAACAGAACGCUCUGUUAUCAAGAUGUGAAGUAGUUUGCUCGCAGGACGACUCCAUAACUCCAGCCGCCAUGGGCUUAUCUGCUGCCAUUUGGGCUAUCAGUGGCUUCAAUGAUAGGCUCCCCUCCUUCAGUUCCAUCCAAGAUCGUUAGGUUCAUUUCUCUCCUCCUGCUGCUGCGCAUUUGACAGCGAGCGCUUGUUUACGGCAAGCAGCACCGAUCCAGGAUCUGCCUACCACAAAUGAGCCUAUCUGCCAUUGGGAUCGUUGGUGCCAUCAAUGAAUGUGUCACUUUGUUUCAGUGGGCCAAAUCUGCCAUCACAUCUCUGCACUCCCGAUGGAGUGGCUCACAAAAACAACGUCUUCAUGAUCAUGUCUUGCAACUAGAGAGUGGCCUACAGCAAAUAAGGGAUACUCUUCCUGCAAUGUACGACCUCAUUAACAAAGCAGAGUGGAGAAGCCAUGAACACUGUGUGGCCAAGCUCCUUCCAAGUCUUAAGGGUGCUGUGUAUGAGGCCGAAGACCUUCUUGAUGAGUUCACAUGGUACGAGAAGAAGGUGCAAGUGGAGGGCAAUGCAAGCCAAUCUCCCUUCAUUGACUUCUUUCAUACCGUCAUCAAAGGCAGCUUCGACAAAGUUAAUGAUGUCCAAUCGAGGUUGGACCAUCAUUCAAGUAUGCUGGAUAAUUUGGGGCUUCAUGGAAUUGCACAACGCUUUGACAAAUUAGUCAGGCCAGAGACCACAUCUUUACCAAAUGAAACAAAAAUAUUUGGUCGUGCCAAGGAGCUGAAGCAGGUAUUGGGAUUACUCGGUGUACCUACAGGCCCAAAACGUAAGAGAGCAACUAGUUCAAUUGAUGCAUCAACACGCACAUCAACAAAAUCAAAAAUAUCGAGUCUUCCUGUUUUGGUGAUAGCUGGAAUUGGUGGUGUUGGAAAGACCACUUUGGCACAACAUGUCUGCAGCCAUCCACGAGUGAGGUCCCACUUUGAUCUGAUAAUUUGGAUUUGUGUCUCGGAUGACUUUGAUGUGAAGAGACUAACUAAAGAGGUCAUACAAUCAUGCACUAAAAAGGAGGGGGCAAAUGAUAAUUUGGAUUCUCUUCAACAUGCUCUCUCUAACCAUGUGAACAAUAAAAGGCUAUUGAUAGUCCUUGAUGACAUGUGGGAUGACUCCUUGAAGGAAAAUGGGCAGUGUUGGAAGAGGUUUUGUGCACCUUUUAGAACUGUCCUGGAGGGAAGUAUGAUGUUGGUCACCACUAGAUGUCCAAAUGUUACUGAGGGGGUGCGCACAAUGGAGCAUGUUAUAGUUGAAGGUCUGAAGGAUGACUUAUUUUGGAAUUUCUUCAAAUUGUGUGCUUUUGGAUCUGAGAGUUCUGACAAUGAUCCCGAGCUAGAGCGUAUUGGCCAAAGAAUACUUCCUAAAUUGAAGGGUUCUCCUUUGGCAGCCAAAACACUAGGACGAAUGUUGAGGAUGGACCUUCAAGCAUCUCAUUGGAAUUCUAUAGUUGAGAGUGAACUAUGGGAGUUGAAACAAAAGGAAACCGAUAUUUUGCCUGCCCUUCGGUUGAGCUACAUGUAUUUACCAUUCUAUUUGAAACAAUGCUUUGCAUUCUGUGCCGUGUAUCCCAAAGAUUACAAAUUUGAGAAGGCAUGCUUAGCUGAAAUUUGGGUAGCAGAAGGCUUUGUGGAGCCUCAGGCUGGUGUUCCCAUUCAAGAUAUUUGCUGUCAGUAUUUUGAAGACCUUGUGGCGCGGUCCUUCUUUCAAAAGGUUAAUGGUUGGUAUGUAAUCCAUGACUUGCUGCAUGACAUGGCACAAAAAGUUUCAGAGCACGACUGCUUCAUCUUACGGAAUAAGAGUGACUUUGAUAAAGUUCCCGAGAAUGUUCGCCAUCUAUACAUACUCCCUUGCAGUGAAUUUGAUGAUUCCAACUUGUUGAGACUAUGCAAGUACACGAAGCUGCGCACCCUAAUUUGCAAGAUUAAUUUGGGGAAAAGAACAUGCUUUGUAAUGGACCACUGGUGUACUAAACUUACACGUAUGCGUGUGAUGUCUUGUGCCUUCACAAAUGAAUUACCAGAGAGUAUCGGUAAUUGGAAGCAUCUUCGGUACAUUGAAAUCUCCGGAACUUGUACUUUGAAGAGGAUUCCUUCAACUUUUUGUUGGCUAUAUAAUAUGCAGAUUUUAUAUGCCAAGAAAUGCAAGCUACAAAGCGUACACACUGGCUUUGAUAAGUUGACCAGUUUACAGAAAUUUGAAUUAAAUGGACUAACUAUUGAUUCAGCCAACAAUGAUAUAGAAGUACUUGAAGGUCUGCAACCUCCUACCAGCCUCAAGCGUCUCUAUGUCAGGAAAUAUGGCGGUGUCUCGCUCCCAAGCUGGUUUCAACCACAAAACUUGCCAAGCUUACAAUCUCUUGAUUUUAAAGGUUGCGUUGGACUGAAGAGCAUAAACUUAAAAGAGAUUGGUACUUUCUUGUCCUUGACAACCAUAAGCAUUGAUAACUGUGAAAAUUUAUCAAGCCUAGAAGAUUUUCUGCAACCAAGUUAUGUACCUGGCAUCAAGAAAAUAGAAAUUGAAGAUUGCAAGAUGUUAGCAUCUGUACCAACUGAGAUUUUUGGGGGUUUUCAUUUCCUUGAAGAAUUGUGGAUAUCUGAUUGUCCAAACAUGCGCCUCCGAAGAUUGGUUUCGCCGUCCCUCAAAAAGCUCUUUUUGUGUCGUUCUAGUAUUUUUUGCAAUAUUGACUGCUGCUCCCUCACCUCCUUUCGUUGUCAAUGCGAGUUUGCCACGUCCAUACAACUACAAACGUGGAGUCUUCCGGCUUUAAAGACGUUGCAAAUUUGGUGCAAAUCUCUUACAUCUAUUGGAGGCUCCCCUAGUCUUUCCAUUUCUGGCAACAUCAGAGCACUCUCGUCCCUUACUGUCCUAGGAGUUACGUGGUGUGAGAAAUUGUCGACCCUUGAUGGCAUCCUAACACAAGAAUACCUACCUGCUAUUGAGAGAAUUAACGUUGGAUAUUGUAACGAGUUACUGUCCCUGCCAGUUGAAAGGUUUGUGAGUUUCCCUUACCUGAAGCAUCUGGAUAUUACUGACUGCCCAAGUCUCAACUGGCAAAGGGGGCUGGUAUUGCCGUCAUAUCUGAAGGUGCAGAUAUCUCAGUGUCCAAAGUUAGAGGAAGUGGAUGAGAUAAAUGGAAGAACGGCCUAAGGAACGCAUAACUGCAUUACUUGAAGUUGGAAGACCUGAGAACAAGAAGAUAUCAUGCCAUUGUCUCGCUGUCUUUAUCUGUCUCUCGGUGCUGGCUCCGUGGUUGUUUCUCCUUUUUUUUACAGUUUUAUUCCAUCAAUCAUUUCCCAUAUUUGUUCUGAUAACUAUAUAUAUUGUUUACACAAACCGUAGACUUGCUGUAAUAAGUAAUAACUUUUGAAACGACAGAGUCGCUAUGUAAGACAUGUGGUAUAUGUAUGCAGUUGUGCGUUAUGGUGCAUCUUAAUUAGUUUGUACAGUGAAGAGGCAGGCAAAUGGUUUCAGGUUUCAGAAGUAAAGAAUAUAUUAGGUCGUUUGCUGUUGCAGUUUGCAGGGAACAGAUCUGAGUGUCUGUGAUGAUUAUUGCAGUUUGCAGCAAGAGUUACUAAGUGUACUUGCCUGAACUAGAGAUAGAGAGCCUGCUUACUCAACAUUUUUCAAGACAAUGUCUGGGGUUCAGAAGCGUGGACAAUUUGUAUUGC